GUCGUCGGGCGCUGCACGCACAGGCUCAAGCAUCAGUGCAAACGGUGCAAACGAUGAAGGUUAUGUUGCAUACAUCGGAUUUAGCUUAAAAUAAGGUAAAGAAGAUCCAGCGGCCGCCAUGUAUGGUUUCGUGAAUCACGCCUUGGAGCUCCUUGUUUUGAGGAAUUAUGGCCCUGAAGUUUGGGAAGACAUCAAACGUGAGGCCCAGCUUGAUAUUGAGGGCCAGUUCCUCGUUAGAAUAAUUUAUGAUGAUGCCAAAACCUAUGACCUUGUGGCGGCUGCAAGUAAAGUUUUAAAGGUUGAUGCAGGAGACAUUUUGCAACUGUUUGGCAAAAUGUUUUUUGAGUUUUGCCAAGAAUCAGGCUACGACACUAUCCUGCGAGUGUUAGGCUCCAAUGUCCGUGAAUUCCUGCAGAACCUGGAUGCUCUACAUGACCACCUCGGUACCAUUUAUCCUGGAAUGAGGGCUCCUUCAUUCCGUUGCACUGAUGCGGAGAAAGGGAACAACCUGAUUCUUCACUAUUACUCAGAGAGAGAAGGCCUGCAGGACAUAGUGAUUGGCAUCAUCAAAACUGUGGCUCAACAGAUCCAUGGCACAGAGAUAGAGAUGAAGAUGAUCCAGCCUAAAAAUGAAGAGUGUGACCACAUUAAGUUUCUGAUAGAGGAGAAGGACUCAGAGGAGGAGGCGUUCUAUGAGGAUCUGGAUGGCUUUGAGGAGAAUGGUACACAGGAGACUCGCAUCAGCCCCUACACCUUCUGCAAGGCCUUCCCUUUCCACCUCAUGUUCGACAAGGACCUGAUGCUCACUCAGUGUGGGAACGCAAUAUACCGUGUUCUGCCUCAGCUUCAGCCUGGGAGCUGUAUCCUUCCCUCUGUGUUUUCUUUGGUCCGGCCACACAUUGACUUCAGUUAUCAUGGCAUCCUUUCCCACAUCAACACUGUCUUCGUCCUUAGAAGCAAGGAGGGCCUUCUGAAUGUGGAGACGAUGGAGAAUGAGGACGAGCUGACUGGCGUUGAGAUCAGCUGUCUGCGAUUGAAAGGACAAAUGAUUUACUUGCCUGAGGCUGAGAACAUCCUUUUUCUUUGCUCUCCCAGUGUUAUGAACCUGGAUGAUCUGACGCGGAGGGGGCUUUACCUGAGUGACAUCCCCCUCCAUGAUGCCACGCGUGACCUGGUACUGUUAGGGGAACAGUUUCGUGAGGAAUACAAACUGACCCAAGAGCUGGAGAUCCUGACUGACCGACUGCAGCACACUCUGAGAGCUCUGGAGGAUGAGAAGAAGAAAACUGACAGGUUGCUCUACUCUGUGUUGCCACCAUCUGUUGCCAAUGAGCUGCGUCACAAAAGACCCGUCCCAGCCAAGCGUUACGACAACGUUACCAUCCUCUUCAGCGGCAUUGUGGGCUUUAAUACCUUCUGCAGCAAGCAUGCCUCUGCUGAAGGAGCCAUCAAGAUUGUCAACCUGCUGAAUGACGUUUACACACGUUUUGACAUCUUGACUGACUCCAGGAAGAACCCCUAUGUGUACAAGGUGGAGACAGUGGGUGAUAAAUACAUGACAGUGAGUGGCCUGCCAGAGCCGUGCACACACCACGCCAAGUCUAUCUGCCACCUCGCACUGGAUAUGAUGGAGAUCGCCGAACAGGUCAAAGUGGAUGAUGAGCCAGUUCAGAUUACUAUCGGUAUUCACACAGGAGAAGUUGUAACUGGAGUGAUUGGCCAAAGGAUGCCUCGUUACUGCCUUUUCGGAAACACUGUCAAUCUCACAAGUCGCACAGAAACGACCGGGGAAAAGGGAAAAAUAAAUGUCUCGGAGUAUACUUACCGGUGUUUGCAGUCUGCGGAAAAUGCCGACCCCCAAUUUCUCCUAGAGUAUCGAGGUCCCGUCACCAUGAAAGGAAAGAGUGAACCCAUGAAGGUGUGGUUUCUGUCUAGGAAGUCCACAGACACAGAGUCCACCACUCCUAAAGCUUAAUUCACUGUCCGGGAUGUCCAAAGCAUCUUAAAAUAUAACUCAUGUUUUUAACAAUUUUGGAUUUGUGAGAUUAGUCUUGUAAAAGUGUUUUAUUCUAUUUGAUAUACUUAUUUAAACAAAUCCAUUACUGCUUUUUGGUUCUGUUAGAUGAGACACCUACAUCUAAAUUGUGCUUUGAAAAAAUAGAGGUUUAAUUAUAAUGUUGACUGAAAAAAGAAACAUUAGUUAUAUUACUGUUUUGUUCACUAAUUUGAUUCCUAGUAAAAACAACACAAAAAUGCAAUAUGCUUACAGACUGUACAGUGAUGUGUUAGGUAUACUUAAUAUUUUAGAGAGAUGUUAUUAAAGAACAAAAUAAUGCUUUAAUUACAGUAAUAUAAUGUCUAAAUAUAUGAUUUGUUUGUAUGCCAUGUCUUGCAGCAAAUUAUAAUGUUUGUAAGAGAUAAAUAUUUUGCAUAGCAUUAUGUAGCUGUUGUAUCAGAUAUCCUUUUUGUUUGUUAUUUAGACACGAAACACUUUAACCAUUAACAAUCACACUUUCUAAUGUUAUUUGAGUCCAGCCGUAGGCUAUAUUUAAUUGUAUUUAAUACCACUUACUCAGUACCACUUACACACAUUCAUGCACACUACCUUGUCUCCUGUGGCAAUAUUUAAAAUCCUACUGUCUAAUCUUACAAUGUUUUGAAUAUAUUUAUUGUAGACAUACUACAUGGUAUUUAUUUUGCACAAAUUAUACUAAAAUUAUACUGUACUACUUUUGUUUGUUCACAGAAUAUUGUUGUGUAACAUUUGUUUCACUUAACAUAUGACCAUAUUUUUGUUUACUCUCCUGUGUUAAUGUUUUGCUUUAAAUUAUAAUAAAUCUUAGUUAUUUGUGAAUG